AUAUUAUCAUAUAUUUUACAAACUUAUCCCAUCUCCCUCGUAACUAUAAUUCGUAAACUCAUUUUCCUCAUCCUUUUGACGUUUUCGGUCACUGUCGGCGCUUUUCUCAACGAACAAACCCUAAAAACCUUAUCGAUUAAUUCAGAUAAAGCUUUUUGCUUAUCACUCCACCACUCGACCCGCGGACCCCCGACCGAAUGCCGCCGACAUAGGAAACGCCUGCACUCGAUCCAUACUCACCAACAAACAACAUCCUAAUACCCGACGCUGCUCAUUACCACCGAAUUUCCUGUCGCGAUAUUGUUCGAAGGACAAUUAUUAUUUGACGAAUUCUGAGUCAUUACGAGCGAGAACCCUAAUUUACAACCUCGGGUUUGUGCCGGGACAAGCCGCACGUAGGCAUUCUCAACGCCUCUCAACAUCAAUCAUCCUCCGACCCCUCUAAGUCGAACCACCCUUCAACACUCACAACACAGUCGCAAUGCUUCCCACAGCCGACCCCUUCUCCCACGCGCUCUCCUCCAACGCCUCCUGGGCCUCCUACAAAUCGCACCAGAACCCGGCCUUCUUCCCAACGCUCGCGACUGGGCAGACGCCCACUAUCCUCUGGCUCGGAUGCUCCGACUCGCGCAUCCCUGAGACCACGGUCCUUGGAUUGCAGCCCGGUGACGUCUUCGUCCACCGCAACAUCGCCAACAUCGUCAGCCCGACCGAUAUCAACUCCAGCGCAGUCAUCGAGUAUGCUGUCGCGCACUUGAAGGUCCAGCAUAUCGUGCUGUGUGGACACACGAGCUGUGGCGGUGCUGGAGCGGCGCUGGGAGAUAGUCGCGUUGGUGGAGUUUUGGAUACAUGGCUCACACCGCUGAAGAAGCUGAGGCGCGAGAACAAGGCUGAGCUUGAGGCGAUUACUGAUCAGGCCGCGAGGGCUGCUAGGUUAGCGGAGCUGAAUGUCGCGGCGGGCGUGGAGACGCUGUUGAGCAAUGUUGUUGUUGAAGAUGCGGUGAACGAGCGCGGGUUGCUUGUUCACGGUGUACUGUUUGAUAUUGGGAGUGGCAAACUGAGGGAUCUGGGAGUGGGUAAUUCGAAGGCAAACUUUGUGGAGAGCGAGAGGAUUGUCAGGGGUAACCAUGGGAUGUUGGUCUUUGGGGGUGAGGGCUCUACGUUGGCGACUAGGUGAUGAAUUUGUAUCAUCGACGUAGAAAUCAAUCAUUGCAAUGCGAAAGCAUGGAGUAGAGGAGUUGAUACCCGGCGAGGAGGGAGGCAGACGCCGGUGGAUUGGAGCAGUCCCGGUUUUGAUUUUUAAACGGCCAUGCGGAGUGCUGGUUUUGGGGGAUGGGGUUGGAGGCACAGUCUACUGCAGUACGAACAUGACUCUAUUCUUUUAACAAGAAAGAAAGGUGGCUAUAGGUCCGUUGAGUGUAUUUCUCUUUUCUCAAUGUAGCAAGCGCUGGAGAAUAGGAAUGCCCAUUGUGCAACAAGAAUUGGUCUUGUACCUAAUUGUCUAUACGUGUUGAGGUUUAAUUUGUGCAAUGCGUGAUGAUACCGUACGAAUAUCCACCAUAAAAAUUGUCAGGUG